AGCUGCACCCGCUUCCGUGUUUGUGUAUCAGGGAGGGUAGUGCAAAGCCACGGGCGCUUUUCUGUCUUCACUGUUUCAUUCAUCUGGAAGAGAAAGGCCAAGCCAGAGGCAGCGGAGAAAAAAUGCCGUAUGAACUGAAACGUGUGUUUGCCAGUCUCCCACAGAUGGAGAGGGGAGUUGCAAAAGUGAUCGGUGGUGAUCCCAAAGGCAACAACUUCCUCUACACCAAUGGGAAAUGUGUCAUCAUCAGGAACAUUGAAAACCCAGCUAUUGCAGACAUUUACACUGAGCAUGCUCAUCAAGUUACUGUUGCGAAGUAUGCACCCAGUGGAUUCUACAUUGCAUCUGGAGAUGCAUCAGGAAAGAUCCGUAUCUGGGACACCACCCAGAAGGAACACAUGCUCAAGUAUGAGUACACCCCGAUUUCAGGGAAGGUGAAGGACAUUGCAUGGACAGAGGACAGCAAGAGGAUUGCUGUUGUUGGGGACGGACGAGAGAAGUUUGGGGCAGUGUUCCUGUGGGACUCUGGCUCAUCAGUGGGAGAGGUUUCUGGCCACUCAAAAUUAAUUAACAGUGUAGACAUAAGGCAGAAGCGCCCUUACCGCCUUGCCACCGCCAGUGACGACACCUGUGCCUCCUUCUUUGAGGGACCUCCCUUCAAGUUCAAGUUCACAUUACGGGACCAUAGCCAGUUCGUCAACUGCAUUCGUUUCUCUCCAGAUGGAAGUCGGUUUGUUACAGCUGGUGCUGAUGGCCAGAUUUUCAUCUAUGAUGGAACAACUGGUGAACGUGUUGGCUCCCUUGGUGGAGAGAAGGCUCACAAAGGAGGAAUCUAUGCUGUCAGCUGGAGCCCUGACAGCUCUCAACUGAUCUCUGCCUCAGGGGACAAGACCGUGAAGCUCUGGGAUGUCGGUGCAACCACGGCUGUCACCACCUUCAACCUGGGCUCCGACGUGACAGACCAGCAGCUGGGGUGCCUGUGGCAGAAAGACCACCUCCUCAGCAUCUCCUUGUCAGGAUACAUCAACUACUUGGACAAGAACAACCCCAACCGGCCCAUACGCACAAUUAAGGGUCAUGCCAAGUCCAUCCAGUGUGUGACUGUUCACAAAAAUGAAGGGCGGCCGUACAUCUACUCGGGGAGUCACGAUGGACACAUAAAUUACUGGGAUGCAGAAACUGGAGAGAACGACUGCUUCUCAGGAAAAGGUCACAGCAACCAGGUUAGCAAGAUCGUGACUGAUGAAGCUAAUGAGUUGGUGACGUGCAGCAUGGAUGAUACACUGCGCUACACCAGCAUCAGCAAGAAGGAGUACAGUGCCUCUGAUGUGGUGAAGAUGGAUUUCCAGCCUAAAAGUGUGUCCGUAGGGGCAGGUGGGCUGUCAUUGGCUGUGUGCAUUGGGCAGAUUGUCCUUGUGAAGGAUAAGAAGAAAGUCUUCACAUUGGACAAUCUUGGCUAUGAAGCAGAGGUUGGAGUUUUGCAUCCUGGCGGCACCACUGCUGCAGUGGGCGGAGCAGAUGGAAAAGUUCACCUGUACUCAGUUCAGGGCAACACUCUGAAAGAUGAGGGGAAAGCUCUUGAGGUCAAAGGGCCCAUUACAGACAUGGCCUAUUCGAAUGAUGGCGCCUAUCUGGCUGCCAUUGAUGACAAGAAGGUUAUCACUGUCUUUAACGUGGCAGACGGCUAUUCGGUUAAAAAUGAGUUUUAUGGACACCAUGCCAAACCUGUGACUUUGGCCUGGUCACCCGAUAACGAGCACUUUGCGACUGGUGGGAUGGACAUGCUGGUCUACGUCUGGACUGUUAGCGAUCCAGACCAGCGGCUCAAAAUCCCAGACGCUCACCGAUUGCACCACGUUAGCGGCCUGGCUUGGAUAGAUGCUCACACUCUGGUCACCACCUCCCAUGACGCCAGUGUCAAGCAGUGGACUAUUACAUACUGAGCUUCAAGCAGACAAACAUCCACAUCUCCAGGGACAAGGACUACUGUUGAAUUGAAUCUUUUUUUUCCCUCUUCUUUUUUUUUUUUUCUCCUUUAACUGUAUUUUCCCUGCCUAAAAAGUGUUCAAUGCUGUUUAUAAACACCAAACUUGUAAAUGAUUUUGAGCAGUAAAAAAGAUAAAAGGUA